AUGGCCGAGGCACUCAUUUCCGUGCUUCUCGAACAACUGGCUUCGAUAACUUACCAGCAUGUCGAGGAAGAGGUGAGCCUGGUUUUGAAUGCGGAGGAAGAUGUUGCAAAAUUCGUUGGCAACCUUGAAGUGAUUCGUGCUGUGCUUGAGGAUGCGGAGCAGAGGCAGGUGAAGGAGGCUAGCGUGAGAAAUUGGCUGGAGAAGCUGACAGACGUGUCGUACAAGAUGGACAAUGUGUUGGAUGAGUGGAACACUGAAAUACUGAAACAACAAGUUGAGAAACAAGAAGAGCACGGUGGAAGUACUUCUCCUGUUACUAAGAAGAAGAUGAAGACAAUAUGUUUCUCUAUUCCCUCAUCUUGCUUUUGUUUUCGUCAAGUCGGACGGGUAAUUCGUGGUCGUGAGAUUGCUCUUAAGGUCAAACGUCUGAAUGAAAAUUUAGAUGAGAUUGCUGAGCAAAGACAGAGAUAUAACUUUCAAUCCAUGGAGAGAACGACCAUUGAACAACCCGAGCGAGAGAAAACUUCUUCUUUUGUUGAUGCAUCUGUGAUAUUUGGUAGAGAACAAGAAAAAGAAGAUUUGGUCAGCAAGUUGUUGAAUGAGAGUAGUCAAGAAGAGAGGGGCCUCCUUGUCAUCCCUAUUGUCGGGAUGGGAGGAAUGGGGAAGACAACUCUGGCCCAACAUGCUUUUAACGAUGAAAAUGUUAAAGCCUAUUUUGAUAUCAAAAUUUGGGUUUGUGUUUCGGACCCUUUUGAUGAGAUCAAAACUGCCAAAGCCAUCACUGAGGGUGUCGAAAAAGAUACCAGCCCAAAUUCAAAUGAAUUGGAAACUGUCUUGCAAUGUAUGUCUAAAUCGAUUGAGGGAAAGAAGUUUCUCCUUGUCCUAGAUGAUGUGUGGACUGAAGACCAGAGAAAAUGGGAGAAGUUGAAGUUGCCAUUAAACCAAAGUGGCGCCCAUGGCAGUAGAAUAUUGGUGACCACUCGAAAACAGGAUGUUGUUCAUAUGAUAGGAGCUCUCACACAACAGAUCGAUUUGGAGAGGUUGAGCGAACCAGAUUGUUUGUCAAUAUUCAACCGCAUGGCAUUUUUUAGUAGAGAUAAGGAUAGUGAGUUGGAAGCCAUUGGUAAAGAAAUUGCAAAAAAGUGCAAGGGUUUGCCUCUUGCUGCAAAGACUCUGGGCAGUCUCAUGCGUUACAAGAAAACGAAGAAAGAAUGGCAGGAAGUUUUGGCCAGUAAUAUAUGGGAGCUAGAAAAGUUUGAGCAACAGGUUUUCCAACCAUUAUUACUGAGUUAUCUUGAUUUGGCACCUGCGGUCAAACGAUGCCUUUUAUAUUGUGUUAUUUUUCCAAAAGAUCAUUUGAUCGAUAAAGAUUAUUUGAUUGAGUUGUGGAUGUCACAAAAUUAUCUCUAUUCGAAAGAAAAAAUAGAGAAGAAAAUAAUUGGCCAAAGGUGUUUUGAUAAUUUAGUAAUGCGAUCUUUCUUCCAAGACUUUGAAAAAGGCAGUGAUGGAGGUAUCUGGGGGUGUAAAAUGCAUGAUAUUGUGCACGACUUUCUGCAGUAUCUUACUCAAAAUGAAUGCUUUACAAUGGAGGUUAAGGGUGGUAACGAUACGAUAAAUCCCUUGGGUGAUAAGAUCCGCCAUUUGACCCUAUUGCUUGCUCCUGAGGGUCCAUUUCCACGUGUUUCAUUUUCUAGCUGCAAAACUGAUUUGCGUACUCUUGCAACUUUUGGUUCAAAAUUCACCGUUGUGGACUCAACUUUGAUGUCACAAUUGAAACAUCUUAGGACAUUGAAUUUGAGUGGUAAUUCUAUUGAAGAGCUUCCGGAAGAGAUAGGUGAAUUGGUGCAUCUAAGGUUCAUUGAUUUGUCUGAAAAUUAUGAUUUGAAAAAGCUACCAAGUGGGGUGUGUAAUUUAUACAAUUUGCAGACACUGCACCUUGAAAAAUGUAGGAAACUUGAAAGUCUACCUCAGAGCAUGGGAAAGUUGAUUAACUUAAAGCAUCUUUAUGUUUGGGGUUGCUUUCGCCUGAAGUACUUGCCGAAAAGGAUUGGGAGAUUAACAAAUCUAAGAAGACUAGAUGGGUGCCCUGUUGGCGAUGGUAAAGACGACGAUGAAGCGUUCAAAUUGGGAGAUUUGAGAAACUUAGACCAACUUCAGGGUCUACUCUACAUAAAGAUUGAUGGGGAUGUGGAAGUUGCUGCGGGUGAGGGUGAGAAAGCAUCUCCCUUGUGGAACAAACAACAACUCUUACAUUUGGGUGUAAUUUUUUUUAAUUGUGGAACAAGUGUAGAAAUAUUGAAUUUCUUACGACCGCAUCCAAAUUUGGAAUCUUUAGAGAUUAUAAGGCAUAAUGGAAGCACUGCCCCCAACUGGAUCAUGUCAUUAAACAAUUUGAGAUUUCUUUGCCUUGAGGAAUGGAAUGAAUGUGAAGUUUUACCUCCUUUGGGAAAAUUGCCGUCCCUCGAAACACUAACCCUUUUGCGUAAUAAUGGAGUGAAAAAGGUUGGAGUUGAGUUUCUGGGAAUAGAAAAGGAAACGUCAUUAGCAUCAUCAUGCAUUACAUUCCCAAAAUUGAAAACACUCACAUUUGGGUACAUGGAGGCGUGGGAAGAGUGGACUGGAGUGGAAGAGUGGAAGGAAGAGGAUUCUCAUAUUAACAUAAUGCCAUGCCUUUCUUCUUUGAAGAUUUUUCAGUGCCCUCAGCUAAAAACACUGCCAGACUUCUUGCGGAAAACACCACUUCAGACACUUUUCAUCAAGCACUGUGGUGAUCUUGCACAAGGUUGGCAAAAAAGCAGAGGAAAGGAGUGGCCCAAGAUUUCUCACAUCCCCAACAUCGAAAUCAUAGGCAGAGUCGAAGCAAAUGAUGCUGUUUAGUUGCACGAGAGGCCUUCCACUUCGGACCUCCAGUUGUGUGAUUUAGCUACUAGCAGUUAGAGGGUGUACAAACAAUGUUGCCUGACUCUGCCUGACUGUUGCAGACCUCCUGUUGUGUGAUUUAGCUACACGCAGGAGAGGAAGUGAGAUGGAAAGGGAGACAAAGCUGCAUGCAUUACUAGAACCGGUGGUUAGCUGCUGCAUUACAGAUUUCAUCAUAAUCGUCUUUUCCUUUGCUUUCGGGCAGAAUGAAGAUCGUCUAGACUCUAGACAUAGGCACAUUAAUUGUGUGUGUGUGUGUGUGUGUGUGAGUGUAGUAUAUUGCAAAGAGCUCCAGACUUGUUUGAGUUCUCCAAUAUAUUUCUCAGAAAAAUGCUGUCGUACGACACAACUAAGAUAUUUGAAUAUAAACUGUAUUAUGAAAUAGUGGUACACUAAUUAGCACUAAAUUUGCUUCAAUUUCAAUGUCAUCAAAUUUGCAUAAACCCGGGGGAAGGAAAUAAUUCAAAUAGCAUUGAGAUAA